UUGUUCAGUUUAGCCCAAGCUCACCGCUGGCAAUACGGUUGUUCCGGUUCUUGUCUGAAGCUCAGUUCUGGGAACACUGUGAUGAGAUGAAAUGCAAACAGGCCUCCAAUAAUAAGAUCUCCAUCCUGGUACAUCCCGUUUAACUUGAAGUGACCCUGAAGCUGACAGAAGCCUGAGCUACUCAUUGAAGAUACAGAGAUACAGUUAAAGAAAUAAUCUACAGGGACUCUAUUCUUUGCGGAUGUGUACCGGAACAGGGAAUUCAAGACUUUCAUACACUCUGGAUGGAGUCCUCACCAGCUGUGUCCAUGGUUGUUUUUAAAAGAUUCAGCAAUGGCCAAUAAGAUGCCAGUGAUUGAACUGGUACCACUGGGUCUUUUGCUUUGCUUGCCAGUCGUCUGCACCUCGUUGGACAAUAAGUGCUGGAGAUUGAGUGAUUUUAACUCACCAGUGCUGGAACGGGAAGGUGAUAUUAUAAUUGGAGGGCUGUUUCCAUUGCACUACAUUGCUCCGGAACCUGAGUACACUUACUCUGAGCUGCCACAGUAUCAAGAGUGCAGCGGGUUUGAUUUUCGUGCAUUCCGCUGGGUCCAAACAAUGGUUUUUGCCAUUGAAGAAAUCAACAAUAUUUCCAGUUUGUUACCUGGAGUGACACUAGGCUAUCGGAUCUUGGAUAGCUGUGAUUUUGUCCACACCAGUCUGCGGAGCACGUUGGCUCUGGUGAACGGCACCUCCGGUCAAACACAGGCUGCUGGCAGUGCCAGUGCUAAAUGCCUUUCCACGGCCCCGGUGUCAGCUGUCAUCGGUCUGGCAUCGUCUUCACCUACUCGUGCUGUGGCACAUACUUUGGGUCCAUUCGGAAUUCCACUGAUAAGCUACUUUGCGACUUGCACCUGCCUUACAGACAAGACAGAAUAUCCGUCUUUUCUCCGAACGGUCCCCAGCGACGUUUUUCAAGUGCAAGGACUGGUUCAGAUGGUUUCCUACUUUGGCUGGCACUGGGUGGGCACAGUGGGCACAGAUGAUGACUACAGUAACUAUGGCAUCCAGGCCUUUACCGAGCAGCUCAGACAACUUGGUGGCUGUAUAGACUUUCACCACACUAUACCCAAAGCAGCCUCCCGGGCACAAAUACAUGCUAUUGUCAACAGUCUGGAGGCUUCAUCGGCACGAGUCAUAAUAGCAUUUGCCACGGAAGGGCAGCUGCUGGAGCUCCUGACUGAAGUGGCGCGCAGAAAUCUGACAAGGCGGCAGUGGAUAGCCAGUGAAGCUUGGGUGACAGCAAAACUUCUCACUGUCCCGGAGCUUCACCCUGUUUUGGCUGGAACAGUGGGCUUUGCUUUCAGAGGCACCACUAUUCCUGGCUUGGCUGAGUUUCUUCUAAGAGUAAGGCCUUCACCAAGUGCUGAAUCUGUUUUUACUAACAUGUUUUGGGAGGAACUGUUUGGAUGCAGACUAGAUUAUGAGGACGACGGUGAUUCAGAGUUACCCCUAUGUACUGGCUCUGAGGAUCUGAUGGACACUGAGAGUAGCUACACUGAUGUAACACCGGUGAGAAUUUCCUACAAUGUCUACAAAGCAGUGUAUGCCAUCGCCCAUGCUCUACACCAACUGUUACAAUGUGGCUCUGAGGGCCGAGGCUUUGAUGAUAAAGUCUGUAACACGGCAUUAAAGUUCUCUCCAUGGCAGCUUCUUCGCUACCUGAAGGAAGUCAAUUUUAUCAACCAGUUAAACGAGAAAGUAAAUUUUGACGAAAACGGAGAACCUGUGCCCCUCUAUGACAUCAUAAACUGGCAAACAAGUGGCGGCGGUGCCAUCGGGUUUCAGAUCGUGGGCACCUUUGAUGGUUCUGCCCCACAAGGGGAGCAGCUUAAGAUAGAUGAGAAGUCAAUUCAGUGGGCAGGGGGACACGUUAAGGUCCCCGUUUCUUUAUGCACCCCUCCUUGUCCUCCGGGAACACGACAGGCCACUCGGCCAGGGCAGCCUAUCUGCUGCUUUGACUGUUUGCCUUGUGCUGAAGGGGAAUUCAGCAAUAUCUCAGGUGCUACUGAGUGCAUCAAGUGUCCCCAGUACUACUGGCCAAACAAAGAAAGAGUUGCCUGCGUUGCUGGCAUGGAAGAGUUCCUCUCCUACCACGAAAUUAUGGGCGUCAUUCUCAUUUUUCUGUCUCUCCUUGGAGUUGCUGUAGCAACUGUUAUCACAGUGAUAUUCUUCCUCUUUCGAAGCACGCCCAUAGUUAAGGCCAACAACUCCGAGAUUAGUUUUUUACUCCUGCUCUCUCUCAAACUCUGCUUCCUUUGCUCGCUGGUGUUCGUGGGCCGGCCCUCGCCAUGGACGUGCCGUGCCCGGCAAGCUGCGUUCGGGAUCAGUUUUGUUCUCUGUAUCUCAUGCAUUCUGGUUAAGACCAUUGUAGUGCUGUUGGCUUUUCGUUCGACUAUGCCUGGGUCCAGUUCUCUAAAGUUAUUUGGUCCUCCGCAGCAGAGGGCUUUUAUAUGCUUUUGCACAACGGGUCAGGUUAUUCUAUGUGCUUGCUGGCUUGCACUAGCACCUCCUUACCCCUAUAAAAACACAUCAUAUCAGGGUGGUAGGAUUGUUCUGGAAUGCAAAGACGUGUGGCCUCUGGGAUUUUAUCUGGUGCUGGGUUAUAUUGGAUUGCUCUCUUGUAUGUGUUUUGCCCUUGCUUUCCUAGGACGGAAACUCCCGGAUACGUUUAAUGAAGCCAAGCUCAUCACGUUUAGUAUGCUAAUUUUUUUUGCGGUGUGGGUCUCCUUUAUACCAGCAUAUAACAGCUCACCAGGGAAAUAUACAGUGGCGGUUGAGAUUUUUGCCAUUCUAGCUUCCACUUUCGGACUUCUGUUUUGUAUUUUUGGACCUAAAUGUUACGUGAUUCUGCUAAGGCCUGAUUUAAACACUAAGAAGGGAAUGACUGGAAAAACAUCAAAAUGACAUUUUUUCGACCUGCGUCACAUUGCCCAUGUCCAGAAGGAUUGUCAUGUGUUAUGGUUAUAUUUUCAAUUCAUUGAUUGAUGACAGUUUUUUUUAAAUGUGUGUACGCCGCCAUUAUACUAUGUGAUAAAAUAACU